AUGAGAUUUAUUGGCUUACACGGUGUUGGAAGCUCCGGGAGCAUCUGCGAAAGCCAGUUUGUUCCCCUCAUGAAAGCAGCAGAUCCCAGCUACGAGUUCGUUUUUGUUGACGGUCCAAUAGAAUUUAUCCGUGGGCCAGGAAUGGGUGCUCAGUUCAAUGGCCCUUUUUUCUCCCAUGCCGAGGGCUACUCGCCCAAGCAGAUGAGAAACGCCCUGGACCAUCUCGAGGCUGCUAUUGACCAGCUCGGUCCGUUUGACGGCGUUGUUGGCUUCAGUCAGGGAGCAGCACUGGCCGUUGCCUAUAUGCACGACCAAGUGCAUCGCACAGGCCAGAACCCGUUCAAAGUCGCCUUUCUAUUUUCCACCGUCUGCGCCUUCUCCCCCAAUCCAGACCAGUCCUUGGCAGAGAUCCAAGGCCUUUGCAAACUCGGGCGUGAGCUCGGUGCCGCGACGGAAGCACAGCCAGAUAAAGGCCUGAGUUCUUCCGAGCUUGCAUUGUACGAAGCCCUCUCCAACGUCAUCAAGCCGCUCCGUGACGGGCACGCACUUCUCCCGGAUAUCGAUCUCGAUUUGUACACCAAGGGCGACGGUGCGGAGGCGCCUCGGUUGCUGCUGCCCCAAUUGAUGGACAGGAAGCUUUCCAUCCCGAGCAUACAUGUGCAUGGCAAAAAGGACGCCCAGUUCAUGCGCGACAUGUCACUGAUCGCCAGGGCCAUGUUCGAUCCCAAGAUGAUCAAGACACUCGAGCACAGCGGCACCCAUCACCCUCCGCAAAAGGAUUCCGAGGUAAGAGCUGCAGUGAGGGCUAUGGAGUGGGCAAUUGAGCAGCAUCGAAAGCUAGAGCUGUCGCGAUAA